GGACCUGAGGAAGAUGGGUGCAGCGAGGAUUUCAGACGACAUUUACAGCAGACGCCAGCAGGAGAGGUGCUUAUUCAACAAAGUCCAGUUUGGAUCUGUCAUCGAAGGGACAAAUUCGAUGCCUGAAGACAAAGACAAGUCUUGCGAAAAGCUUCCAAAUAAUGCGAAAACAGCCCAGUUAAACUACACAGCUUGCCUUAACACAAACAACAACGGUUACACCAGAGAAGAAGGCGACUGUGAUGUGGAUCCUGCGAACUCUUCUGUUUUGGGGUCCAAGUCGGACCAGGGAUUCUCAAGAGGUCCGGAUGCUUCCAGGAAUAAGCCAAGGCACAGUUACCUGAACAAACGCCACUCUGAUGGCCAUAGAUCACGCAACAGGAAGCCAACUGGUGCAGAAGGAGCAUAUGCUGAUUAUGACAAAACUUGUCUGGAACCUGAACAAAGAAAGGCAAACACAGCUGAGGACACAGGUCAUCUCACAGAUCCCACACUGCAGCAGUGCCACAGGAGGGACCCAAAGCUAACACAAAGAAAAGAUGAAAGAACAUUAAGUCCAAUCAAAAGUGAUCCUGAGUUGAGCCUGGAGUCUUCAGCUAUACACAAGGAUUGUACGCCGCAAAAUGAUGCAAGCCAGUUGAAUACUGUGUUCCAGAAUGAUGUUCAGGGUGAAGAAACUACUUUCAAAGAGUUGUUCCAAGACAUCUCACAUUUCAAUUCCCUCUGUGAUAUUCCUGACUCUAUGAAGAAGAGCGUGCUCCAGCUGAUAUGCACACCAUUUCUAAGCGGGGGAUACAGCAGUGGAUUGUGUGUCUUAUCAAACCUAAUAAAGAGCUCCUUGUCUAGUCCUGGACAAGCUAUCCAGAACCAGGAACAUCACGUGGAUCAGUGUGGAUCAUCAGAAGGAACUGCACAGGUCCACACGGGACGUUCGAUAGACAGUGAAGAGUUCAGUCCUGUCCAGGUGGAGAGAGACCUAUGGUACAGAGAACCCAACAAUAUGAGAAGUGGAAAGUGCACAGUGAUCGAGGAUAAUCCCACUCAAAGAUGACGACUUCACGGGAGACCUUUACUUCACAGACAACAGUUCAGAUGAAAGGUCUGAAUCUCUACAUUCCUACCUGCACGAGGACUUCAGCCAUGAUGAUGACGUCCUGGACAUUCCUAGCUUGAGCAUCUUAUCUCCCUCACAUGACUCUCUCGGACAAGCUUCUCACGCCAUCAGUUGUCCGUCCACUCUUCAAGAUGAUGAGAUCAAGCUAGCCAGCAAUGAGCCGUUUCCAUCAGAGUAUGUCUUCAAGAGGGCGUGUGGACCUUCAUUC